CAUGAUAGGGGGCGCAUCAUUCUCAUUUCUGGGACAGUAUUGAUGAACAAAGAAGCGGAUCAGAUUUUCAAGGAGUAUCAACAGCAAGCUGAUAGCGGUGAACUUCUCUUCAGGCGCUGGCCUCUCAGAGCGGUUUGCCGAGGCACACUGUUAACCAAUUACUUCUCUCAGAACUCUGGCGAACCAUAUCAGUAUGUUGGGGGCACCGACAACACGGUUCCUUGGGACGCCGCACCUUCUGCGGUCUGUCGUGCUCUCGACUUGAUCCAGCAGCGCAUGAAAGAUACUCUUAACAUGCCAUCGAGAUUUAAUGAGGUUCUAAGCGCGGCUUACAUGGAGAAGCAGAAAAUGGCGUUUCACAGCGAUAGUGAACGCGGCCUAGGCCCAACAGUUGCCUCGCUUUCUCUCGGAUCGGCUGCGUACAUGUAUUUCCGCCCCCUAAGCAAAUACAGUGGUGACAAAGGAAAAGGCUCUAGCAACAUCGCCCUCACGUUGUACUUGCGCCAUGGCGAUGUUUUGGUCAUGGAUGGCGAGGGUAUUCAAAAAUACUACGAACAUACUGUUGAGCCAAUCAACUUCCGGAUUGCCGCAACAGCUCGAUCCAUUGACAGUUGUAAUCAUUAA